UCAUGUUGUCAGUUGAUGGCAGGGACAGGGCAUCGGUAGCGUGGGUAUAUUUGAAUGCCAGAGAAGUACUUUCUUGUAAACUUUAAUGAAUGAUAAACAGGAGAUUUAAUGUGAAGCGUAGACAAAAUUAACAGCAACCAUAUAUUUAUGUGUUGUAUCGCGAUAUGGAGCAGUGAUUCAGUAUAUUUGAUCAGCGAAACAGGUCCAAUGUCAUUGAUGAUAUUGAGUUAGGCACGAUUAAAAUCAACGCGAGCAUUGUGUGAAAAUGGUGCAACUGUGCAGCACAAUAGCGAGCGUACGGCUGUUAUGUCGGUGUCGGGGCAAGAUACCCAGAGUAAGCGUACUGGUCGGUGAGGGACGCGGGACGGUCAGGCGGCUGCAAACUUCCGCGCACCGGAGGACUGUCAUGCCUGCCUGGGUGAUUGACAAGUACGGGAGCAAUGAGGUCCUGAGGUUCACCAAAAACGCCAAUUUCCCCAUCAUCAACUACCCCAACGAGGUUAUAGUUAAAGUUCACGCUGCGGCUCUCAACCCGCUAGACGUGAGCAUGAGAGGUGGGUAUGGAGCAGCUACGUUCCACAUGAUGCGUGACCCCCUGAACAUCAAGCAGACAGGCAGCGAGUUCCCUCUGAUUCUGGGCCGGGAUGUGUCCGGUGUCAUCAUGGAGUGUGGCCUUAACGUGACUUAUUAUAGGCCAGGGGAUGAGGUGUGGGCGGCCAUUCCACCCUGGAAGCAGGGCAGCCUGGCCGAGUUCGUGGUGCUGAGUGGGAACGAGGUGUCUCAUAAGCCCAGGACCAUGGAUCACCUGCAGGCUGCUGCGAUCCCAUACGUGGCAGCGACGGCCUGGUCCGCCCUGGUCACCACCGGCGGACUCACCAAGGACAACUGCCCUAAGAAGCGAAUUCUCAUCAUCGGAGCGUCUGGUGGUGUGGGGACCUUCGCCAUCCAGAUGGUGAAAGCCUGGGGGGCACAUGUGACUGCGGUGUGCUCCCAGAAUGCCGAGGGGCUUGUGAGGGGAUUGGGCGCUGACCAUGUGGUGGAUUACACGGCUGGACCCCCCGAGGACCAGUUGAAGGCCCUGGAUAAGUUUGACCUGAUCCUGGACAAUGUGGGGGGGGGCACAGAGAAGUGGGCCCUGGACCUGCUGCGGUCCUGGUCUGGAGCGAAGUACAUCACUAUGGUGACGCCCUUCCUUAGGAACACGGACGCACUGGGCAUCGCCGAUGGAAUGAUGCGCACUGGUGUCACCGUGGCGACAAAGAUGUUUAAGCACCUGUCCCAGGGGAGGCACUAUCGCUGGGGGUUCUUUGCGCCAAGUGGUCGGGCUCUGGACGAGGUUGCGGAGAUGGUGGAUGCCGGACAGAUCCGGCCCAUUGUGGAGCACCAGUUCUCCUUCGCCCAGGUGCCCCAGGCCUUCCAGCAGCUGGAGAGGGGCCACGCGCGGGGGAAGACCGUGGUUAACGUCCUACAGGGGGGUCCCCAGUAAACAUAAGAUAACUGGGUGGGGGUGUCGCUCACACUGUCAUCUACCCUUCCACAAGCCCUCUGGCUCCAGGUGACUUUUGACCUCUCGGGAAACUCGACUGGACAGGAGCUCAUGCUGAAUUGCGGCGCUUAUAUGAGGCAGAGAGCCAUUCUGGUGCAUCGUCAGGCAUGUGGGAGUGAUUUCUGAGCUGUGGAAGCAUGUUUGAGUGUUGGGUUUAGCAUUGAAAGAAGCCAGUGUACGUCAACUUUGGGGAAUAGAAAGCCAGUCUGUACUUGAAGAGACAAAAUGUUUAUUCAAAACAUGAGUU